CGACAAACAAGCCAGAUCAUCAGGGAAACGAACCAGCCAGACGGUAAUGGCGGCGUCUGUUACUGGCCAACACGUUAGCCGCCUCUUUCAUGUCAGGGAUCGUAUUUCUGGCUCGGACUUUUUAGUCGACACAGGAGCAGAAAUCAGCAUUAUCUCACUUCAUCUCUCCCGAAGACAACAAACAACAAGCACUAAGCUGUCUCAUAGCGGCUGACAAAUCAAUCAUCAAAACGUACGGAGAGCAAUCACUCAUAUUAGACAUUGGACUCCGCAGACGAUUCACUUGGGUUUUCAUAGUUGCGCAUGUCAAACAACCCAUCCUCGGAGCCGAUUUCCUCAGCGCCUACAACUUGUUAGUGGACAUGACUAAGAAGAGACUAAUUGAUGUAAAUACAUGUUUACAGGUAGACGGUACACCUUCCACCGACUAUGAAAUCCAUGGUGUACGAAUAAUGAAACCUGUGAAUAACGUUUUCAACGACAUUCUGACAAUACGAGUGCAUCACGAAAACAGGUUAUCAAAAGGAAUGUAACCCGCAUCAGGUGCAACACUACAUCACUACCACCGGUCCCCCUAUUUACGCCAGGGCGAGGAGACUACCCCCAAACAAGUUGCAAGCGGCUAUGAUGCAACUUGGUAUUAUCAGGCCAUCUAACAGCCCUUGGGCCUCGCCACUACAUAUGGUAUCGAAAAAAGACCAAGACUGGCGUCCGUAUGGUGACUAUCGCCGAUUGAACAACCAAACCAUUCCCGAUAAGUACCCAAUUCCACAUAUACACGACUUUUCAUUAAACCUAGGCGGUAAAUGCAUCUUUUCGAAACUCGACCUAGUGCGAGCAUAUCACCAAAUUCCAAAGGCACCGGAAGACAUUGAAAAAACAGCCAUCAUCACACCUUUUGGUUUGUUUGAGUUUCUAAGGAUGCCAUUCGGACUGAAAAACGCUGCUCAGACAUUCCAAUGCUUCAUGGAUGACGUUACAAGAGGCCUAGAUUUCGUGUUUGCCUACAUAGACGAUGUUUUGAUUGCAAGCUCAUCUUUAGAAGAGCACAUUCAACAUGUCCAGAUCCUCUUUGAUCGUUUUAAAAAACAUGGCGUUGUCAUUAAUCCUUCGAAAUGUAUAUUCGCAGUCCUAGCCUCGGAGUUUUUGGGACAUUACAUCGACUCACAAGGUAUCAAACCACUUCAGAAGAAAGUUGAAGCUAUCACUAACUACCCCGAACCAACCUCUGUGAAGUCAUUACGACGUUUUCUCGGGACGUGUAAUUUCUAUCGCCGAUUCUUACCACGUUGUGCUGAAGUGUUACAGCCAUUAACCAAUUUUCUGAAAGCCGACUAAAAAGUUACGAAGAAAGAGAAGAAUCAAACAUUCAACCUACCUCCUGACGUCAAAACGGCAUUUGAAAAAGCAAAGUCGAUGAUAG